CUAAGGAGGUUGCUAUCGAAGCCAAGAUUUAGCGCACAGGUUGCAAAUGGGUAUACGAAUUACUUAGUGGCUGGUGCUAAUGCCACGUGUCUAGUUAAAAACUAUGGUGGCAUAUAUCCACGGACUCCUUGCGGAAAGUGUGGCGCUUAAGGCACUAAAUUUGGAAUUACUGGAGGUCGCCGGGCAACCUGGGCCGAUCAGAGUACACGGACACCUUGGGAGCUGUUUGGGCACAGUAACAUAGUGUCACUGUGCCGUGCAUAUAAAAAGUAGGGCAGAUUCAUGAAGCACUUUUAAAAAAGUCCAAUGAAUCUAAGUAACUUUUGGGUUAGACGAAUGGGACAGUACCAUAAUGUUACUGUUCCCAAACGGCCCGCCCCACCAGUUCAGGGGCCCAAGUCUCUGGGCGCCUCACCCAGGUCUUGGGUUGCAGAGAAUCUUAUCAUUGGGGUUCACAUGCCUUUCAUGAUGUAAGGUAUCAAGUUCAUCAAGACGGCAGUUCCUUGGCUGAGGAGGAAUUGGAUCCUUUCUCCCUCGUUGCUGAUGAAUUAUCACUCGUUGCAGAUAGAUUGCGUGCCAUGGUAGUUGCGGAGGUUCCUAAGCUGGCAUCUGCUGCAGAAUAUUUCUUUAAAAUAGGGGUGGAGGGGAAGAGGUUUCGGCCGACGGUUUUGUUGUUAAUGGCAUCAUCACUGUCUCUUCAUGUACCUAAAAAUGUCGCAGGUGCUGCAUUUGAUAGUUUGUCAAAGGAACUACGUACACGGCAGCAGUGUAUUGCAGAGAUCACUGAAAUGAUCCAUGUGGCAAGUCUUCUUCAUGAUGAUGUUUUGGAUGACGCAGAGACGAGGCGUGGUAUAGGUUCACUGAAUUUUGUAAUGGGAAAUAAGAUAUCAGUGCUAGCUGGAGAUUUUUUGCUUUCAAGGGCUUGUGUUGCCCUUGCAUCUUUGAAAAAUACAGAGGUUGUAUCAUUACUUGCUACUGUUGUCGAGCAUCUUGUGACUGGUGAAACAAUGCAGAUGACAACUACUUUAGACGAACGUUGUAGCAUGGAUUAUUAUCUGCAGAAGACAUACUAUAAGACGGCAUCACUGAUUUCUAAUAGCUGCAAAGCGAUUGCUUUGCUUGCUGGGCAAACGGCAGAAGUUUCCAUGCUUGCUUAUGAAUAUGGUCGAAAUCUGGGAUUAGCAUUUCAGUUUAUUGAUGAUGUUCUUGACUUCACUGGCACAUCUUCUUCCCUUGGGAAGGGUUCUCUGUCUGACAUUCGCCAUGGAAUAGUGACUGCUCCAAUGUUAUUUGCUAUGGAAGAGUUCCCUCAGCUACGUGCUGUUGUUGAUAGAGGGUUUGAGGAUGCCGCAAAUGUUGAUAUCGCACUCGACUACCUUGGCAAAAGCCAAGGAAUACAAAGGACAAGAGAACUAGCAGCCAAGCACGCCAACCUUGCCGCUGCUGCCGUUGAAUCAUUUCCUGCAACUGAUGAUGAAAACAUGCGGCUGUCUAGACGGGCAUUGGUUGACCUCACGCAGCGUGUCAUUACUAGGACAAAAUAAUCCCGAAGGAAUGCCAUAUUUUCCUUCUAAAAAUGCUUUUCUUUAGAUAUCUGUUUUUUCCAGUUCCUAGUUCUUUCAAUUUAUGUUCUUUAAAAAUUUUCUACUUCCCAGCUUCCUUAAUUUUUUAAAUGUAAGAAUAAAUGAUUUUUUAUGGUUUUAAGGAAGCAAUUGGCAAUUUC